AUGUACAAGCUAGUCAGGAACGCGCGGCUCCCAGUUUCCUUAAAUCGGGCAAAGCUUCAUGGAAGCCAAAAUAACGACAAACUUCCCACUGAACCGGGUGUGGAACUUGAACCGGAGGUAGCGAAACAGAUCGAAGAAGACAAACGACGGUUGCAGUGGCGCACACCAUACUCGGAGCGGCCCGAUAGUUUCUACAGCGCGUUUAAGCUGUUUGCUUCCGAAAAUCGCAACUCGGAGCUGGUGGAAAAAAUGCAGCAACCGAUUAACCUUUCACCGGCUUCAAUUCUCCAAUGGUGGCAAAAGCGGCGCAUGGCAGUAGAAGCUCAUAUGCAAAAGUUCAUCCCCGAGCGGCAUGCCACGCUAGGGGACGAUAUUGCCACGGCCCACUUCGUCGUGCAUCGUGGCGGAUCCGUACGGUUCCGAGGGGAUACCAAAUGGAUCAAAAAGAACGAAGACGAUGAAUAUGAUCUACCGCGACGCCACGUGCCCGGUAUGGUGCUGGAGGAGGUGCGUUGCGAUGGCCUGAACCUGUUCUACGAAGGCAUGGAAAACAUACAGAAAUUGUUACGCUUGAGACAUCUUUCCUUUGAAAAUGUGGCCCUGUUCGAUGAUUGGUAUCUCGAUCGGAUCUCUGGAAAUAUGUUACCAUCGUUGGAGAAGCUAAACCUCCGGGGAACGGCCGUUAGCCAUCGGGGGUUGAAUUGUCUGUAUCGUUUACCCAGUUUGAAGUUGCUCCUUGUGGAUGAUCCCGAGAAAGAUAUUUUAUGGAAGUUGUCAGUAGCUAUGCUGGAAGAGUGGAAUCCUAACUUGCGUGUCGUCUCAAACGAAUGA